GGGAAAUGCGGCAGCACGUGUUCGCUACUGUUGAUGUAUUGACUGGGGACGGGCUGCACUGUGCUUGACGUUGAACUUGAAGAGAGCAUCAUGAACAGCGUAGCGACUAUACCAAAGGAAAACGCAAGCUACAGUGACGUCGCCUACUGGGAUGACAGGUAUCGAAAUGAGGACAGGUACGACUGGCUGCUUCCCUACCAUACGUAUGCCCACCUCAUCAAGCAACACGUCCACAGUACCGACAGGAUACUCAUGUUAGGUUGUGGGAAUAGUCCGCUCAGCGAACUGCUGUACAAGGAUGGCUUUAGGAACAUUGAAAACAUUGACUACUCCCACGUUGUGAUCAACAAUAUGUCUGUACACUGCAGUGACUGCGCCCAGAUGAAGUGGCACGCCAUGGAUGCCACACACCUUCAGUUUCUGGAUGGCUCGUUUGACGUGGUCAUCGAAAAGGCCACCAUUGAUUCAAUGAUGGUGAAGGAAAAGGACCCGUGGAAUGUAUCCGAACAGACCAAAGUGACGGUGACUAAAGUCCUCAGCGAGGUCAGCCGCGUGUUGUGCAGUGGUGGCCGCUUCAUCUCCAUCACAUUCGCACAGCCCCAUUUCCGCAGCCCGCUCUAUGCCAAUGUCCAGUUCAACUGGUCUCUCGACACGUUCAAGUUUGGCACCAGCUUCCACUACUUCUGCUAUGUCAUGACCAAAGGCCGAGAACUUUCGUUGGAUGCCACGCCCUGCUACCACCUGCCCGUCUUUCGACGAAAUUCAACCGCUAGCCAAAGCAGCGAACCUGAAAAUGAGGACUUCCUUUUGAAGAUUUUAGCCUCCUGACACUAGUAUGCUAUUUAGUUCCUUAGAAAUUUGUACUUUUUACCUAGGACUGAAAUUUAU